UGUGCCGUCCAGCACAGCUAGUGUGGCUGUGGUGGCUGAUGGUGUGACAGCACAGGUAUAGAACAUUUCUGACAUCACCAAGUUGUGUUGGACACACAGGAACUCUAGCUAAUCCCAGUUGUCUCCCCGGGCGCUUCACAUAUUAGGGCCUCAUGGCCUCUUCCUGCAGCUCCUGCUGACCGGGAGAAUCAUGAAACAUACACCCAAGGAUGUUUGAGAAGUGGAGAAGGGUUGGUCCAUUUUGGCCAGCUCCAAAAAGGCAGUUUGGUCUUUCUCUAUCCCCCUCUUUAGCCAUCUCUGGUCAUCCUGAGUGUUCUUUGAGAAUGAAAAGCAUCUGGAACUAAGAAGCAUGGCUUUAUUGAGGCACAGGACCUGUGACUCCCAGGAGAGAGUGUUGUACAGCCCAGAAAAUACAUCAGUCAGGAGACGGGACGCCAGACUGCCGUGUCCGCCCCAGCCAGCUCCGUGCCCUUCCUCAUGCCCCUCAGGUGUGGAUCCACGGGUCCCCUGCAUGCUGUGCAUGGAUACCACCAACGGGGCGGCACUAAGGCAUUUCUGAGACCUCAGCACAGGUCUUGGCUUCAUGGCUCAAAUUAAGCAGAAAUAGGCCCUCCUGUUGGAGCCUGGCCAGUGGCAGUCAUCCCCUUUUUUUCUGGGAGUUUCUGGUCUCAACUUGCCUACAGUGUUCGUCUUGGAAUUGAAUCACCUCUUUUUUGGAUGUUGUUUUUCAGUCUCCACCUCAUGCCUUGGGGAGGAGAGUGGAGAUGACUAAGUCUUGGUUGAAGAAUAGAAAUUAUCUCCCAUCAGGUCACUGCCCCAGAAAUCUUUUCUUCUGGAAGCUGCCUGGAUGGAAAAAUACCACCUAGAGUGUCGUCCACAGAAAAGGGGACAUCACGUACCAUCUGUAGCCUGAGGCUUAUGGUGGUCAAAAGAGGACCCUCUGAACUAAAGCCUUAUUUCUAGUAGCUUAAGGAUAGGCAGACUUGUUUUAGCUGUCACUAUUGAUACCACCUGACUGUAUCCCCAUCUGUAUACCCGGACCAUCCAGGUAUAUCUACCCAUUCAGGAAGAGGGCCCUGGCCAGAAGCUGCUGUGAAUUUCCUCAGGCUAUGGAUGGGUCCUCCUCACCUUUGGUUCCAGGGCCUAGUGCAGAUUUGGUUCACAGCAGACGGUCUGUGUUUGGAGAAAAAAAAUGAGGGAGGCCACAAGAGAUUAGAAACACCUUUGAGUCCAGAUAAAACUGAACCGGAGAUUUCCAUGUUCCUGCUUAAGAAACACGGGGAAGGUGGGACUUGGAAGGCAGAUGGUUUUAGGACUUCUUUCUACCUGGAGGAGCGGAGGCCCCGAGGCAGAACUUACUGGCUUCCAUUCCCUGGGCUUGCUGCAUCAGCAUUGUCUAGAAGGCUUGUUGGAAAUAUGAACACUUGGGUUCGACCCACACCCACUGAAUCAAAUCAUCUAGGGGGUGAGACUCAGGUAUCUAUUUUCCAUGAGCAGCUCAAUAAUAACCAGAGGCUGGGUUUGGGAGCCAGAGUACCAGUUCCUCAUCCUCUUGGAGAGGGACUGAAGUGCCUCCUGCCUGAGGGAAUUGGGCCCCAGCCACUUCCUGGAGCGUAUCAAACUCCACCUCCAGCCCCAGCAGGCCGCCCAACUCUGAGUCCUCCUGUGAGUCCUCCUGUGAGCAGCCAGCUCCACCCUCCCCACCUUGGUGUUACUGUCAGACCUGAGCUAGCAGUGAGUGGAGCCAGAGGAGAACAGAGUGGCUCUGGAAAGCAGGCAGGGCUUCCUGCUGAGAACUGGGCUGGCUGGCCAUGCUCUGGGCGCUCUGGCCAAGGUGGCUGGCAGGCAAGGGGCUGCCCCUCCUGGGGGCAGUGCUGCUGCGGAAGAGAGACAAGAGGGGACCUCAGUGGAGGCAAUGGAGGCGGGAAACCCACCCCUACUAUGACCUCCAGGUGAAGGUGCUGAGGGCCAGAAAUAUCCAGGGCACAGAUCUCUUGUCCAAAGCUGACUGCUACGUGGAACUGCGCCUGCCUACUGCGUCCCCUAGCCCUGCCCAGACAAGGAUGGUGGCUAACUGCAGUGACCCUGAGUGGAACGAGACCUUCCACUACCAGAUCCAUGGUGCUGUGAAGAAUGUCCUGGAGCUCACCCUCUGUGAUAAGGACAUCCUGGGCAGUGACCAGCUCUCCCUGCUACUCUUUGACCUGAGGAGCCUCAAGCCUGGGCAACCCUACAGACACAUCUUCCCACUCAACCACCAGGAUUCACAGGAGCUGCAGGUGGAAUUUGUUCUGGAGAGCAGCCAGGUGCCUGCGUCUGAAGUCAUCACCAAUGGAGUCCUGGUGGCUCAGCCCUGUCUGAGAAUCCAGGGGACCCUCAGGGAAGACGGGACAGCCCCACAUCGAGAGUAUGGCUCUAGGCAGAUUCAGCUGACAGUGCCCGGGGCCUACGAGAAGCCACAGUUCUUGCCCCUGCAACCUCCCAUGGAGGGAGGCCUCCCAGCUACCUUCACCUUUCACGUGAACCCAGUGAUCAGCUCCAGGCUGGAUGUGGAGCUGGGGGAGAGGCUCACAGUCCUGCAAAGUGGUCCAAGUGCUGAGCUGGAGGCCCACACCAACAAGCUGGGUGAGGGAGGUAUCCUGCUCUCCUCUCUGGCCCUAGGCCAAGAGGAACAGCGCUUUGUGGCCCUAGGGGAGGGCCAGGAGGUGGUUCUGAGUAUGAAGGCAGAAAUGAGCUCUGGAGACCUUGACCUGCGUCUUGGUUUUGGCCUGUGUGAUGGGGAACGGGAGUUUCUGGACAAGAGGAAGCAGAUCGUGUCCAAGGCCCUGCAGCAGGUUCUGGGUUUGAGCCAGGCGCCUGACAGUGGCCAGGUGCCUGUGGUGGCUGUGCUAGGUUCGGGAGGUGGAACCCGAGCCAUGUCUUCCCUGUACGGCAGCCUGGCAGGGCUGCAGGAACUUGGCCUCCUGGACACUGUGACCUACCUGAGUGGGGUCUCUGGGUCUACCUGGUGCAUCUCCACACUCUACAAGGACCCAGCCUGGUCCCAGGUGGCCUUGCAGGGCCCCAUUGAGCGUGCCCAGGCUCGGGUCUGCAGCAGUAAGAUGGGGGCGAUGUCCACGGAGCGCCUACAAUACUAUGCCCAGGAACUGGGGAGCCUGGAAAGCACUGGCCACAGAGUUUCCCUCAUCGACAUCUGGGGUCUCCUCAUUGAAUAUUUCCUCUACCAGGAGAAAAACCCUGCCAAGCUGUCUGACCAGCAGGAGGCCGUCAGCCAGGGCCAGAACCCUUAUCCUAUCUACGCCAGCAUCAAUGUCCACACCAACAUCAGUGGGGAAGACUUCGCAGAAUGGUGCGAAUUCACACCCUAUGAGGUCGGCUUCCCCAAGUACGGGGCUUAUGUUCCCACUGAGCUCUUUGGCUCUGAGUUCUUCAUGGGGCAUCUGCUGCAGCCCCAGCCCGAGCCCCGGAUCUGCUACCUGCAGGGUGUGUGGGGCAGCGCCUUUGCAGCCAGCCUGGAUGAGAUCUUCCUGAAGACUGCCGGCUCGGGCCUCAGCUUCCUAGACUGCCACAGAAGGAGUGUAAACAUCACAGAUGACUGCCAGAAGCUCCAGCUGCACGAUCCCACACGUCUGAGGACCAGGCUCUUCACCCGUCAGGGGCCCUUCUCCCAGGCCAUGCUGGACAUCUUUACUUCCCGCUUUACCUUCGCGGAGAACUGUAAUUUCACCAGGGGCCUCUGCCUGCACAAAGACUAUGUGGCUGGCCGGGAGUUCAUAGCCUGGAAAGAUACGCACCCUGACGCCUUCCCCAACCAGCUCACUCCCAUGCGGGACUGCCUGUGCCUGGUGGAUGGGGGCUUUGCCAUCAACUCUCCGUUCCCACUCAGCCUGCUGCCCCAGAGAGCGGUGGACCUCAUUCUGUCCUUUGACUACUCCCUGGAGGCCCCUUUCGAGGUCUUACAGAUGACAGAGAAGUACUGCCUGGACCGAGGCAUCCCCUUCCCAAGUAUCGAGGUCCUCCCCGAGGACUUGGAGGAACCCCGUGAGUGCUACCUGUUCGCCAAGGCCAAGGACCCCCACUCUCCCAUCGUGCUGCACUUUCCCCUCGUCAACCAUACCUUCUGCACACACCUGGCCCCAGGUGUGGAGCGACAAACAGCGGAGGAGAAGGCCUACGGGGACUUUGUGGUCAAUGGGGCAGACACUCCAUAUGGCAUGAUGAACUUCACCUAUGAGCCUGAGGAGUUUGAGCGGCUGGUGGCUCUGAGUCGAUACAAUGUUCUGAACAAUGUGGAGACCUUGCGGCAUGCGCUCCAGCUGGCUCUGGAGCGAAGGCAGGCUGGGGGCAGGGCUGGAGGCUGAGUCAGGCUGGAGUCAGAGGGCUGUGAGAGGGGAGCAACUCUGGGCCCCAGACCAGGGCUUGGUACGGGGAGGAGUGGUAGACUCUGUGGGGUUUCUUCAUACCAGGUUACAGGGACUGGCUCUAGGUCCUUCAGGCCUCAGAAAGCUCCUGCGGAACAGCAGCUUGGCUUUGGGGCUGCACCCUUCUCAUAUGUGUUUCUGGGAGACAAAGUGGGGGGAUGUCUCCCCCAGGGGCUUUGGGGAGGAGGAGGGCACGAGUGAGCAGUGCUAAUUUUACACUGGAGUAUAGAGGGAUGAGGCCACAAUCUAGCCCCAGGGCAUGGCCCAAACCCAGAAGGACCUUAGGGGGCCCAGGUCUUCAGACCCUCACCAAGACUGGAAGCUGUGAAAGCAGGUUAAGCUGAGACCAAAAGCAGAGACUCUUCCGUCUAAUCCACACUUCCUGCAAAUGGCCGGGCUCCUGGAUGCAGUGCUCAGUGCUAUCAAGAAUAAAGGGACACCUCAUGGAUUGCCAGUCUGGAUCACUAACUCCACCUUCCUGCCUGCUGACUCUCCUUCACCUCUGGCUUCCCCUGCCCCCUCACCUUACUGCUCACCACCCUUCUCUGCUCAGCCUCCUGAAGGCUGUGGGAUGGCAUCCUGGCUGGUGGGUAUACACACGUUUCCCUGCUAGUUACUGAUGCUUUACUCUUUAAACUCGGACCACACUCUCUUGUCAGGUGUACAGCUGCCCCCUCCUGCAAAUAGUCUCACCAUUCCCAGAAGCUCAAUGGGUAUGUCUAGAGCAUGCAUUUGUUUACCAGGGAGCAGAGUGAGUGUGUGGCUGCGUGGGUGUGCGUGUUGCUAGUGAGGGUGGGGCUGGCGAGCACCUGUCUGUGGGGCAGGGAUGGGCACGGUAGAGGGGCCUGGCUGGGAACUCAGAGGCCUGGAUUCCUGCCUCUUUCACAGACAUGUGCUAUGAUCUGGGCAAACUGCCCCUCUCUCUCCCUGUUCUUCAUCUCUGUUGACCCACUUGGGACCUUCUGAUAGCUGGAAUCUCUUCACCAUGGGCAGAUUUCAGGUCUGUAGACAGGGGGUCCACCCUGACUAGGCAUGAUGUGGGGGCCUUCUGGCCGUUGGCCUCUGCAGCCUUGUUGUCCCCAUGUCCUCCCUGCCCAGUGCUGAGCUGCCUGGGGCCCUUCAGUGGCCCUGAUGCCAUACUCACUUGGACACUUGCUCCUCCUACCCUCUCCUCCAGGAGUGCUUUCUUGGGCUGCAGCCUUCCCUCUCCACCCUCUCCAGGACCGAAGUCACAAUUCCUUUUUUCGGUCAGGGACACCUAUGUGAGGAAGGCUCACCCAUCCUGACUCUGGGAAGAAAGCCCUCAUUCUGGCUCCUUGCUGGGAGAAAAGUGGUCCCAGCCUGUGCCCCCAGCCUGGCCUGGCCUGGGAUCCCCAGGCCUCCAGCUGGACAUGAGCAGGGAGGGCUGAAGAAGCUGGACCUCAGAAGGGCCAGUGUUUUGGCUGGCAUGGGUAGGGAGCAAUUUGGUUCUCCCCUACUUCCCAACCAUUGCUUCCUGUCAUAGACCACCACUACUGUCUCUGGGCUCAGCAAUGAGAGGUUUCCUUUGGGGUAGCCCCAGGCUGGCCCCUGAGCUCCUACUAUGGCCACCUGUCAUCCCCACCCCUGUGCUGGCAUCAUCAGUACUUAUUAAGACCUCCACAGAGUUCAUAACUUAGAACUUUGUAGAGUUCUUAGAACUUCAAACUCAGAGAGUUCUGAGUUCUUCGAUCUUCAUGGAGCUCAAAACUUAGAAUCUUCAGUCUGUCUUUCAUGCCUCAUGUAGCCAGGGUCUGUCUCUGGCUCCUGAAAAGUAAGGCCUUGGAGGGUAGAGAUUUUUGUCUGUUUUGUUUGCUGCUCUAUCUCCGGUGUUUAAAGCAGUGACUGGCAGAUAGUAGAUGUACAAUAAAUAUUUGACAAGUAAGUGAAUGGGAUCUUACAUUCUAAAGAGACAGAUCAUUACCUACUAACCAUGAAAAGGUGUGCAACACUGUACUCUAGUGGUUCUUAACCCAUUUGGACCUUUCUGGAAAACUGAUGGAAGCCAUGGACUGUCUCCCAAGAAAGACGCACUUACAUAUGCAAAGUUGUACACAACAAGUUCUCUGCUUCACUGUGUGAUCACCUUGUCACCUUGUGGUGGCUGGUGUCUGCUGUCCCAGGCCAGCAGGUUUUAUGAAGGAAGCAGGCACAUGCAGGGCUUGUGCAGAGUUGGUAGGUAACUCGAUUCACACAGAAAUGUAGGCAAUGCCACCUUGGCUUAGAUUGGGUUUGGGAAGACAUAAUGAGACAAGGAUGGGAGGGCAAGAAUGCAGAGGCUGGUCUGGUUCUCUAGUCAAGAAAUUGGUCAGCAGAUGCAGGGGUAACCUCAGCCAGGGAAUGAGGAACCAUCACCAGGAUUGAAUCUGGGAGCCAACCAGACUGAGGAGUUAAGGGCCAUUUCUUGACUCCUGACUCCUUGACUCCUGACUCCAGUUUGGCUCCUGAUCCUAGGUAAGGAGGGAUCUGAGUCUAUUUCUACUGCAUUCCUAUCCCAUCUCCAACCCUGGCCCAAGAUGGCCAGAAACACAUUUCAAGGUCCUGAGGGUGGCCAGUUUGGAGGGAUUUCACCAUAAGAACACAGCUAUGAGCCCGAUUCAUUCUGAAGCUGGGCAGAAACACAGGAGCAGGAACAUCAUUCCUCAACUUGUCAAACUCUCUCACCAUGCAAAAGAAGAAAAGGGUGGCCACCAAGGUUGCCAUGUAUGGCUGUACAAGCUAUAUACUGCCCAACUCCAGGAGGUGCCAUUCAUAUGAAGUGAUGAUAUGAAUUUUCCCCGUGGGGUUCUACCAUAGGGCAGCCCUGGGCCCAUAGUCUUAGCUGAAUGAAUGUGAGAAACGAGGCUGGUUCAAAUAUUAGGCCCCCUUGCUUCUUCAGAUAUAUCUCCAGACAUUCACAAGAGUCUCCUGCAGAGA